GUCAUGAUCAUUUUUCCGACGACGCCAGACUAUGGAGUACGCCAAGCUGCUCCCCGACUGAGGCCUGGAUGAUGCGCAACCCCCAACCGUAGCGCGCAGGCUCCGCUUGGCCGACAUGCCUAGACGAUGCUGGGCCGAUGGUCAGCGGCAGUCCAGCUACGGACCUGUCAUUGCUUGCCGUGCUUGCGAUCAAGAGCCAAUGAGACCACGCGACAAGCGACGACGAGGGCGACGACAAGAGCGACGGGCUCUCCGCGACGUCGCAGAGCCCUUACCAGCCAUAUCUCCGCCGCCUACUACUCCGCCAUUGCGUCCGCCGCUGUCGCCGUCGAUUCCGGCUGCAAUGAGCUCCACGGGGUUACCGGCGCCAUGAACGGCUUGGCCCGCCUGAUGGAGGAGUCCAACGCCCGAGACCUUGCAAAAGUCGUCGAGUCUUCGCUCCCUUACGUCCCGUUCUCCGACCCGCUGUCGAGACGCCUCGUCUUGAACUACAUCUGCAGGCUCGAGCCUGACUUUCUACGCGUCCUGGAGACGAGGCGCAAGUUGAGAUAUAGAGAAGUCAGGAGGUUGCGCGCGCUGCUUCGUUUGCCCUGGAACACGACGAUGCCCGAAAUUCGGAAGUCGACUCUGGCCCGGUGCGAGGAGGUCAUGACUGCGGAGGAUAAGGGCGGCUCUAUCUUGCACCGAGAGCCGCGGGACAAGGAAGAGAUGGCACAAGUCUCGAAGACCAUCAACAACCUGGUGGACCGGCUCCUGGCAGAGGCCUGGUGGGUCUCAGAAAUCGAAGCACCCGGGGCUCACCCCGCGCUCUACAGCCCCGACUCGGUCAGCACCAUGAUCCGCCUGCUGCGCUCAGAUGGCUACCCAUCCUACACGCAUCCCGACGCGGACGCGAAGGAGGCGGCCAAACAGAGGGCUCGUCUGAACGAAGUCAACCUGCAGAUUCUGUUGGACUGGGUUCCGCCCUUCCGGGAACGUUAUGUGGGCAAAAUGUGCUUCAACUUCCUCGUCUGCGGCGUACCGCCGGGCAUCCAGAACUACAACCUGCUGAUUCUAGGUUUCUCGUUGCUCGGCGAGUCGAAUCUGGCACAGGCUGUGGUGGAUUCUUUCCUCGAGAGCUCACUAAGGCCGACGGAAGCGACAUAUCUGUGCUUGCUGCACCACUACCGGCUGAAGCAGGAUCUACCCGGCUUUAUUGGCAUUCUCCGCCGUCUCUUCGGUUACGACCCCCGCGGCAUCAACCUGGAGCGACUGACGGCCGACAGCCCGGAACAGGCCCGCUCCCUACGAGCCUGGGCCGCCGGGAGAGAAAAUGUCGCCGUUCUCGAGCGCGGCAAGACGUACGUCGAGCGCGCGCUGCUCACGCAGAACGUGGCCGAGGCCGUUAUGGAGGGCUUGAUCGAUUUCGAGCUGCUUCGCGAGGCGGCCAAGCUCCUUGCCGUCUGCCUCCACGCGGGGUACAGCGUCAGCAGGGAUGUGUUGUGGAGGCUGUUCCACGCAUGUCUUACCGCGUCAGACACAGAGGCGGCCAAGAUAAUCAUACGCGGAUUGCUCGACAACAUUGACCAUGCAACAUCAAUGCUACUGGGUCCCAAGCCUAUCGGUCACUCCUUGGUGAGGCAACUGCGCCACCUGCUCAACAUCUGGCAGGCGACAUCACGGUUCGAUCGUAGUCGCACCCAUGACAUCUUGGAACUGCAGCAGCCUGGGAAUCCAGAACAAAGAAGAGCUGCCGGGCAUGCAAAGCUCAAGCACCUCGCAACCGCGAUUUGGAUCCGCGAAACGUACCACCACAGCAGCAUGAUGGGCUGGUGGCUGAGGAGGGUGCAGCGCACUCUCUCCGAGGACAAGCCGCUGAGCGAGCGACUCGACAUGGCCGCUUGGGUGCUGAACCUCGCGACGGAGCGCCCAGCGCGACAAAUGGCCAAGAGCGAGCUCAUCCAGCGCGUGGCCAGGCUGGCCUGGCUGACGAGGCAAGUUGCCGCGGCCGACCUGAGGAUUCAGCAUGCCGAAACGCACCUGUGCAACCUGCUCGCCCGGCAGACGCCGCGCAAGCUGCGCGCGCACGCCCAGUUCAACCCGGCCAUGCCGAUCAAGGCCCGCAUCGGCAUGGCGCUGCCGUUCGGCGUGCCGGGCUCCUGGGAGUACAAGGCGGCCAUGUGCUUCGAGUGGAGCAAGGAGAUCGACAUGCAGCUCAAGACGGCCAUCCUCGAGGCCAUGCCGCAGGACCUCGCGCUGGGCCUGUGGCAGACGCGCAACGACUCGGGCGACAUCCGCCUCGGCCGCAUCGUCGCCUACUUCGAGCAGUACCUGGCCAACCUGAAGAGCCAGGUGCAUGGGGAGGCCCGCAAGAGAGCCUGGGCGCGGCUGCUGAAAAGGCUGCCCCGGGUUUCGCGCAUGGCGUUUUGGCGGCGGUCGCAGCAGCAUGCGACGUCCGAGGCGGCGCCGGCGCCCGCCACCGCAGCGUCGGGUUAGCAGGGCUGGUGAACGCCCGGGCGAGGCGCGACGGGCGUGUAUCUACAGAACGAGACAUGUACACUACCUACGUUGGAUGCAUGCUUGUGACCGGAGUGGUCGGGCAUGCAAUUAUGUAUAUGAUAUGGUGUACUAUGGGAUAGACAUCUUGGCAUUGUACAUGCCCAAAAUUAGCAUACGUCAUAGAUCGGGGUAGGAUAUAAGGAUGCUGGGAUUGGAAUAGAGUGGAGCUGCGAGUGUCUUGGUGUUUGCCCGCAACGUCUCCUCCUCGUUCAAGUGUCAACGCCUCGAGUCCUCCUUGCCUCUGGGAUUCACU